GUGAUUUCAGAGGAACCUCGGAGAAGCAGCAGCCCAUAAUUCAUUUAGAACAAAUACAAUGCGUAAUGUGCCGCCUCCUUGAGCGCGCAUUGUCCUCUGUGAGAGGUUGAAAUGGGGCAGGGUAAAAAAGACCCAGCAGGCUGUGCACUUAAAACACCCGAGGAGACUAUAAAAGUGGUUUCAUGCCCGCUGCAGUAAAGGCUCGGCUCGAUAUGCGCACAGACAGACGGAGGUAGGCAGAGCAAAUAGAGAAAGGAAGACAACACACACUUAACAACACACACCCACCCACACACACACAUAGUAUUCAAGGUUUAUUUUCAAAUGUCGGCUCUCUGUAGGUAGAGACAAAUGAGAAGCGGGAGUUUAUGGGGCGGCAUUUUUCUUUAGUUCACUUAGGAUUUUAAGACAGGCUAUUUUACAAAUAAACGAGUGUAAGACAUCGUUUUUGUAGUCUACAGAAGUCCAUGUUUGCUACUUUAGUGAAUAGGAUGCGUGUCUUCUCCAGCCGACCCGGUGCUGUUUGACACCCCCCUCACUACCCGGUCUGCUUUCUAACCGGGGGAAGUUGGGCUCAUUUAAAACUUUUCUGGCCGUUCUUUUGAUGCCACGGAAAUGGGACCGCGCCAACGGGAGAGCGUGUCCGCGCUUUGCAGAGAAAGUUUGCUUUGGACUGUGCUGAUACUCUGGCUGACCACGUUUGUUGACGGGACCUGGAAGACGGGACUUUACAAAACCUACUCAGCCGGGACGCAGCUGACAGCAGCCUCUCACACUUCAGUCUAUCAGAAAAGGAACUGGUGUCCUCAUACGGUCACUAAGACAGUGACUUGCCAGGUGCAGAAUGGGACAGUCCUCCAGCGGGUCUACCAGACAUGCCGCUGGCCGCAGGGAUGUACAGGGGGCAGCUACAGGACCGUGGUCAGACCUUCCUAUAAAGUGGUGUACCGCACUGUGACCUCUCUGGAGUGGAAAUGCUGUCCAGGAUUCAGCGGUGCUGCCUGUGAAGAAGAAGCAGGGAACCAGCUUGUAACUCAAGAGGCAGUAAGAAAACCAUCCACGCUACGCCGCCCGCCUGCACGCACAGGAGAGCCAAUCUCUAAUUGUCUCAACUGCAGUCGAAUCACAGCUUUGAAUGACAGGCUGAGCUCCCUGGAGGCGAAGGUCCAAUUACUCACUGCCCCGGCCUCCGUAUCACAUCGCCACCUUCAGGGUAGAGGAGGAACUGCACCAGAGGCCUCAUUACUGAUGGGGGCUGUGCCCGCUCAGGGAGCCCCUGGUGAGCAGGGACCUGCAGGUCCUCAGGGUGAAAAGGGGAGAGAUGGGCUUCCUGGCAGGGAUGGGAAGCCAGGGUCUCGAGGGCUGCCAGGUCCCAGUGGGCCUAGGGGGGAUGCUGGGACAAGGGGCCCAUCUGGAACCCCUGGAUCAAAGGGAUCCUCAGGACCUGCAGGUCCCCGUGGUCCACCAGGACUCCCAGGAGAGAGGGGUCUACCAGGCCCGCCUGGCCCUCCAGGGCCUCCAGCGCCGGCCAGUGCCCACAUCCCAGAACCAGACCACACCAGGAAAGUAGCUCAUUUUGUUUCAACUCCAGAUCGUGGAAAAGACCUCUUCUUCACCAACACUUUCCAACACUCACGAGGGUUGCCUGUUCCAGGACCUCAGGGUCCCCCUGGGCCUCUCGGUCCCCCAGGUCCCAAAGGCCCAGUAGGACCUCCUGGUCCGUCAGGACAGAACGGGAAACCUGGAGCCCCUGGAACGCAGGGCCCUGUGGGGCCAAAGGGAGAACGUGGGGAGAGAGGUCCUUUAGGUUACCCAGGAGAGAGGGGCUUCAGAGGCGAGCCGGGAACACCGGGUCCCAAGGGAGAGCCCGGAGAGAAGGGCUUGCCGGACAUUAGCUUGCAGCUGUUCCACGACUUGCAGGCAGACCUUGAGCUUCUGGCUCGCAGGGUGACGCUGCUGGAGGCUAUCAUCUGGCCAGAGCCUGAUCUAGGGUCUGGGGAUGGACCGUUUGGCACAGCCUCCCCUAGUUUCUACAGAGAUAAGCGAGCAGGUGCGCUUCCAUAUCGACUUGCUUCUCCUCUGUCCUCCGACACCAAGGUUCGAGGGAAGUAGCCUCCCCUCCCCACUGCUCACCCUGAGGAUCACAGGCUGGGUUGACUCCCCCUCCUAUAGGUCUCAUCGGCCCUCAACAGAUUUAGACCUUAUCUGAUACCCUCUCUGGGCUUUACCGUCAGAUUUAGGAUGGGGUGCUCCUCAGGGAACUCCACUGAUACUCCACAAUGCCCUCCUCCAUCAGGAACCUGAGAACUAGUUUGACCCCCACCCAUCUCCAUAACCAAACACUUAUCUUUACAUAAUACACCCAGCAGCUCCUUCUGUGUCUCAUUUCUUUGGCUACAGAACUAAAGCCUCAGAAUAAAGAUGUUCAUGUUUGAAAAAAGGAAAAUCUGAAUCUUCUGUGGUGCUCCUCGAGCUACAAACAGUUCUGGACAAUAAGGGUAAUUUAGAGUAAUCAGUUAUAGGAGGAAUCAGAUGUGAGGAAACAGACUGGAUUUGAGUUUGUAUUGCUUUCACAAUGUAACUGCAAUCUGAAGAGAUUCCACUAUUUAAGUAUAUUGCGCAUGUACAGUUUACAGGACACAAGUACACAAUCAAACCUCUUCUAGUAUUCAUUUUGUUAUACUUCUAUCAUAUUGUUAAACUCAAUGUUAUGUAGUGCACUAAAAAGAUGAAUUCAUCUCCACUCUGAUAUGUGUUGCUAACAGUGAUUUGUAGUUUUCUGCUGUGUGUUUUUCCCCAUUAAAGUACUGAUAAAGUGAUUUAAUAUACAAUAGUAUUUUAAUUUGUUUUGCAUUUAAUUUGUGCAAAAAAAAAAGCACAAACAUUUGCCUUUGGGUUUGGUUGCAUAUCAAUAGAAUCGGUCAUAGGUUAUACAAAACAUAUGAAAUAAAUACAAAACAAAACAUACUGAAAUGAAAACAACUGCAAACGCUGUUCAUUUCAAGAUCUUUAAAACACACACACACACACACACAGGAAAUAGCAAAACUGUUAAUGGAACUUGAACAUAUUUUUACCACUGUUGGUAAACUUAGACUGUUUAAACUGUCAUGAUGAAAAGACUUGAUAAUUGUUUUUUCAUCUUAUAUCAAACUUAUUGUGAAACUAUUUAAAAUGAUCAAUUGUAGUUUAUUUUGUAUGCUGUUGUGUAACCAUUUCAUAUUUCAAACCUUUUUUUCUUGCAAAUGUGUUAUUGUGUUAAGAUAAUCCUGUCUAGAUGAUUGUUGUAAUAAAAUGAUGUUCAUUGUCUUUUUUAACA